UCCAAAACCGCGUUCCCAAGUCGAAGCCAUGCCGCCUUUUGGCCCUCCGCAAACACCCGCAUCUUUCUUCACGCCCGUGUACGACAGCGCCGUACGGCACCCAGUCUUCUUCACUCAGAAUCUGAAGAAGCCCCCAUUUCCUCUACCACAAGUUGCGAGUCAAGGUUGUAAUCCGGUGGCAAGCGGGUACAUCAUGGAGCAGGGAAGAGCAGAGGCACCGGGAAGGACAAAGUUGUAAUGGUAGAUACGACCAAACUGAAUGCAUUUGGACGGCGUUGUGGUGUAUUGAGCGACUGAUUAGGGUUCUUUCUGAAGAAGAGCAAUGCUUCACACAUGCAACAAGCUGGUUAAACCCGACUCGACGAUAUUAUUAUUGGCCUGUAAACUUUCUAUGGCACUAUGUAGGCUCCGUGUUUGUG